UUAAUUCAGUGCAUGCUUAUACUAACUUAAAAUGAGAGAUUAUCUGUUCACUUAGCUAACAUUCAUAAUUUUAUGUCUGCAACAAAUUAGAGAAAUCUUACACAGAAGGGUGCUCAUGGAGAAUGCUAAAACCAAAGCUCUUUUUCUCAAAUUAAAAAUGAAGCAAUUGAGAAAUUCGCCUACAUUUAUUGCUUUCUUCUUUUGCACGUGAUCCACCUCUCCGACAAAUUGCACUGAAAACACACCCUCCACCCUGACGGGAGGAAAAAGCACGUCUGGCUGUAACUUUUAUUGCACUGAAUUUAAAGUCCUUUUUUUGAUUACAUUAUCUCUGAUCAUUUAGUACUGCAAACAGUGUGUCUCCUUAUUUCCAAUAUUGAUGUUUGGCUGAUAUAUUGGUUCAUCACUCACCGUACCCUAAAGGAAAUCAUAGACAUAAGAAGCCCAACUAGCUUUCAUCUGCUUUUAUUCACUAGGAUUCGGAUUGCUGUCCUCCUGUUAACCAGAGACAACUGGCAGGGCAACAGCGACACAAACAGCCAAACGGAGAGAAAGAAAAAUCAGUCAAAAACUGGAAGCACUGUUGCUGAAUAUAUGGAGUUUUGUAUUCUUGUACCUUGAAAAUCAACACUUCUUAAUAUUAAUUUCCAUUGCAAAGUUUUAAUUUUAAAAUAGCAUUCAUUCUUAUUUUCACUGAGCAAUAUUCAUAUAGACUGAUAUUUAGUCCCUGUGAGCUGUCCACACACUGAGAGCCGGAUAUGUGAGGCGAUGUUGGUGUGUGUUUAUACCUGAAAUCUGACCUGAGCUGCCAUCCUACUUAUUACAGUGUCUCUAAAUAUGCACCAGCAGAGCCACACUUCCUGCGAGCAAACUGGACUCAGUGAAGCCUGUGUGAAACUCUGAACCCCCUUGGAGGAACUUCUUUGUCAGAUAAAAAAAAGUGGGUGACACUUUGUGAGUCUCUCUGAGAUACUACUUGUUAUAGUCCCUCUUCUCCCUCCUGUUUCCUGCCUCCCUCUCCCCUCUCUGUCUCUCUUUCUGUUAUGUUAAGUAGCAGGCCUGCUUUCUGUCUGCCACUCUGUCCUCCUUGGGUUUCAAUUCCAAACAUGGUUAUCCUUCUAGGGCCCUAUCGACUCCCCCCCUCGCCUCCCUUAUCCCUUUCUCUUCCAGCUGGUGGCUCUACGGUGCAGGCCAGAGGGUGAGAAAAAGAGACAGAAAAGCACAUCAAGAAAGACUACGGGAAAACUUGGAAGGGAAAGACGGGAGAAGCCAGAGGAGAGAGGAAGGGACGCAUGAUGAGAGGAGAAGAAACAGAGGAAACCCAUUCCAGCUGUGUUUCUGCAACAAAUAGAGUCGUGAUAACAUCUUCAUGGUGAAGAAUUUUCUGCCGCUGCACGCCAAGGGAACAAACAAUUACCUCUGACAUUUUUGGUCAGUAUCAGGCUGUUUAUUUUUAAUCAAGCUGUAAUCCAAACAGAUGAUCUAGUAAUAGGACAGAAACAGCACUUAGUUUGAGUGGAAAACAAGUCUUAUUGGUCCCUUCUUAAAAAACAACAACACACAAAACAAACAAACUUUGCUUUGUGCACCAAGAACCUUUCCAGAACUUAUUCGAAAAGAUUUAAACAUGAGUGCAGACAACUCUAGCCUGCUGGACAGCCUGCUCUUUCCCCCUCUCUGCGAUGGCUGGAGCAACAACACAGAGGGAGCCAUCUACCAGUUGGGUAACACCAUCCUGUUUCUGGGCUACAUGGGAGGAAGCGGGGCCUACGGGUGCCUCUUCAUCUUCGGCUUCCUUUGUCCCGGUUUCCUGUGUCUUCUUCUGUGGGGAUUGCUUACAGUGUGCGGCCUGGAUGUCUUCACCUGGAACCUGCUUCUACUGCUGGUCUGCUUGCUUCAGCUCUGUCACCUCCUUUACCGGCUGCACCAGGAGGGCAUACGAGGUGAGGAGCUGGCCUCCCUCUACCAGGCGGUCUACCUGCCCCUGGGCGUGCCUGUCCAGGUGUUCAAGGAGAUUGCAAAGGCUUUUGAGAACAAGGUGCUGGAGCUGAAAGCAGGAGAGACUUAUGCUGUGGAGGGAAAGACCCCCAUUGACCGGCUCUCCUUUCUGCUUUCUGGAAGGAUCAACGUGUCUUUGGAGGGCCAGUUUCUGCAUUACAUCCACCGACACCAGUUCCUCGACUCUCCCGAGUGGGAGUCUCUUAGACCAAACGAGGAGGGAAAGUUCCAGGUGACCCUGACAGCAGAGGAAGAUUCCCGUUACAUCUCAUGGCGUCGCCGCCGCCUCUACAUGGUGAUAUCAAAGGAUCGCUACAUCGCCCGUCUCUUCUCUGUAAUGCUGGGACACGACAUUGCUGAAAAGCUCUACAACCUCAACAACAAGCUCUACAUCAAAAGUGGCGUGUUGUUGGACAUCCGCCUGCCAAGCCUCUACCACGUGCUAGCUCCUGCCUCGCAGGGCAGUGAGGGUGGCAGCGGUAGUGAUGGAGGCCCUGCCAGGGAGCAACAAACUGAACAGCAGUGCCAAGACCCAGAGCUCACCUACCAGAUGCCUGACAGAUCUAAACCUCAGCCUCUCCAGCCCAAACCUCAGGGACCAAUGAAGACAGCCGUGGAAGAACCCUUGCAUGACCCUUAUCACCCUUCCUGGGCGUCUGACCCGGAGCUGCCCAUCGGUGAGGACUCCACCAGCUUAGUCCUGGAGGACUUUGCUGAUGUGGCGGGCUCCUUAACGGAUUAUGGCAGUGAGAGGGAAUAUUUGAGGUAGAGAGGGAGGGUGCUGGAGCUAACACACGGGGGCACCACUUAAGCUACAUGAGGUGAUGGGAAUCUACCACCUCGAUUCCAGAGGGUCAGAGCGCCGCUGGCUCCCACUGAAACCCCUAAACUGUGAGACGUCUCUCCUGGAAACACUACUAUACCAUCUCCUCCUCUUUCUCUGUUUCUGUUCUUCAGUCCAGAGUAUGAAGAAUAUAAAUUCUUAACAUUUAACUAUUUGAAUUAAAAUUUAAGUCAUACAACAAACCUUACUGACAUCUUUUAACAGUUUGACAUAUUAUUUAGGAGUGUUAACAUUUUCCUUGUUACCAUUUAGUCUUUAGGCCUUUAGGCCAUGCUAUCCCAAAAUACAGUGACCCUGAGAGCGUAAAUGACCUACAACCUAAGACAACACUGGCAAGCACAAAAAUGCUGCAAAAAGCCAAAACAAAACACAGAAGUUGAAUAAAACACGAAGGAAGUGAAUAAAACUCAACAGAUAUUAAAGCAGAAAAAAACAAAAUCUCACAACAUAAGUGUUUUUUUGGGAGACAAUAAUUUGUGAAAGUGACAGAAA